AUGUCGUCAACCUUAAGAUUCAUUGCAAAGCUUCCUGAACGCCUCCCAAGCGGAGUGGCCACAACUACAAGUGCUUGGAGCCCUCGGGUUUUUGUCACUGCUGCACCAAGGCCAUUGCAAGGCAAGAAGGAUAACGAGGAUGCAGCAGAUGGAGAUGCGCAUGAGAGGACCAUUGAAGCAGCGGAGGCAGUGACCAAAGGGGCAAGAGAAGUGAGGCAGACCUGCGAAUUCUUGAGGGACACGGCCAGCUCUACUGCCCAAAGUGUAAACAAAAUGACUCAAAAAGUAUCUGAAACAGCGGAAACCAUCACAGAGAAAACAAAGGGUACGGUCUCGGGCGUGUGGGGAACAACCAAGAAUGCCGCCGAAAUUAUCAAGGACAAAGUAAUGGAUGAGUAA